AUUCUUCAAGUGUCCAUGUAAAUUCUGCACGUGACCUUAACUGCCACCCUCCUACAGGCAUUGCAGAGAUGGGCCCUGGAAGAAGGCCAUCUCCUUCCUCUACCUCCAGCAGAGCCAUCUGCCCUGAAUAGAAUUUGGGGGCAAGCCCAGGGACAUAUCCAGCAGUGACACCCUCAGUCUGCAGUUCGCGUCCUCAAGGCAGGAUAAAAGGCCAUGGACUGAAGAGAGGAGGAAGCAAUGGCAAUGACACUCAAGGCAAAGGCAGAGGUGUGGCUGGCAAGACCCUGGCAGUGCCUGCGCAGGACAAGGGCACUGGGCACCACAGCAACCCUGGCCCCCAACACACUGCAGCCCUUUGAAGCCAUCCCGCAGUACUCCAGAAACAGGUGGCUGAAGAUGAUGCAGAUCCUGAGGGAGCAGGGCCAAGAGAACCUGCACCUGGAGAUACAUCAGGCCUUCCAGGAGCUGGGGCCCAUUUUCAGGUACAGCAUAGGGAGAACACAGGUUGUGUCUGUGAUGCUCCCGGAGGACGCUGAGAAGGUAUUUCACGCAGACAAUACACAGCCCUGCCGCACGAGCUUGGAACCCUGGGUGGCCCAUAGAGAACACCGAGGCCUGAGACGUGGCGUGUUCUUGCUAAAUGGGCCUGAAUGGCGCUUCAACCGACUGAGGCUGAACCCAAAUUUGCUGUCACCAAAGGCUGUUCAAAAGUUUGUCCCCAUGGUGGACAUGGCAGCAAGGGACUUCUUGGAGGCCCUGAAGAAGAAGAUGCUGAUGAAUGCUCAUGGAAGCUUCUCCAUGGACUUUCAUUCCAGUGUGUUCAACUAUACCAUAGAAGCCAGUCACUUCGUUAUUUUUGGGGAGCGACUGGGCCUCAUUGGCCACGACCUGAACUCUAGCAGCCUGAAGUUCAUCCACGCCUUGCAUUCCAUGUUCAAGACCACCACACAGCUCAUGUUUUUACCCAGGAGCCUGACUCGCUGGACAAGCAGCCGGGCGUGGAAAGAGAACUUUGAGUCCUGGGAUUUCGUCACUGAGCAUGUCACGAAAUAUGUCAAGAAUGUGUAUCAAGAGUCGGCAAAGGGUGGCCCACAGUCCUGGAGUGUCAUAUCAGAGCUGGUAGCAGAGGGUGCUCUGCCAAUGGAUGCCAUCCUGGCCAAUUCUCUGGAACUCAUCGCUGGAAGUGUGGACACGACAGCAGUCCCCUUGGUAAUGACUCUCUUUGAGCUGGCACGGAACCCAGAUGUUCAGCAGGCCAUUCGGCAGGAGAGCCUGGCAGCUGAGGCCAGCAUCGCUGCAGAUCCUCAGAGAGCUUUGACAGAACUGCCCCUGUUGCAGGCUGCCCUUAAGGAGACCUUGAGGCUCUAUCCUGUUGCUACCUCUUUGGAGAGAAUUCUAAGCUCGGACCUAGAGCUUCAUAAUUUCCAUGUCCCUGCUGGGACAUUGGUCCUACUCUACCUCUACUCCCUGGGCCGAAACCCUUCAGCAUUUCCGAGGCCCGAGCGCUACAUGCCCCAGCGCUGGCUGGAGAGGAAAAGGAGUUUCCAGCACUUGUCUUUCGGCUUCGGGGUGCGCCAGUGUCUGGGGAAGCGCCUGGCACAGGUGGAGAUGCUGCUCCUGCUGCAUCACGUGCUGAAAUCCUUCAAGGUGGAGACAAAAGAGCAAUCAGAUGUGCAGAUGGUUUAUCGCUUUGUUAUGGUGCCCAGCCCCAGCCCCCUCCUCACUUUCCGGCCUGCCAGCUAGUCACAUGACCUGUUUUUGGUGUCUCAGGAGGCCAGCAGCUCCCUCCUGUUCCUUGGGACACUAUGCCUGUGGCCAUGGCUAGCUUCUUGUCUAGGAUCUGACAGACUGUGAUUCAAAGCCAGGGAAUGGCUCUGGAGGAUUAUUGUCCCUUCUUUGCCACCUCCUCCCUGCCACACCCAGCCUCCAACUGUGGGUCCAUUCAAUUGGGUCCAUUUAGUGGCUUUGCCUUCCUGUCUGGUCCCAAACAUCCUUGUUACUCUCUUCCUGAACCCUCUCCUAAAGUUUCUUUGUAUUGUAUGAUUGUUGUACACCAUCAGAAAGGACAUCUCAUGUCAACAGUGAAAGCCCAGGAGAUCACGCGUGACACAUUCUCACACGUGAAGAGAGACAGAGCUGGUUGGCUGGGAAACUACUGUGUAUGUUGCACACCCCAGAUGUCAUGUGAUAUGGCUCAGAGCUCAGGGCACAGUGGAUGCUCAGCAAUCACCCUCCAGUCCAGUCCAUGCGCAGACCCUGGGGAAAUGUCCUGGUAACACAAGGUUCAGAAAUUGGCUUGCAGGUUUCUCUGGUCAACACAUGAGCACAUAUCUCAAGUCAGACUGAGUUGGGGCAUUUGGAGCAGCAGUGUGGUACCCUUCAGCCCUUGUGUUCCUGGUCUUACAGACACCACUGGCCAAAGCACAGUGCAGGGAGGGAAUGUACCCCGGGUCACAAGCAUACCUAACCACACUCUCUUCACCUCAUUCCUUCUUAGUAGCCCUGAUAAAAUAGGAACUGUAUCUUAUGAACAAUAGAAAUGGGUCUGUUUCUGCACUGAAAAAAAAAUCAACCCACCCAUCAAGCAACCAAAGUCCAACUGGUGAAUUGGCAGAAAAUGCUUAUAACAUUCAGUAUAAGGCUUUAAAUUCCUCAAUAUAAAAAUCACUUUAAGGGCUGGAGAGUUGGCUUAGUGGUUAAGAGCACUUGCUGCUUUUUGCAGAGGAUUUGGGUUUGGCUCCCAGCAACCAUGCAAAGCAGCUACAACAGCCUGCAAAGGCAGCUCUCAAAGAUAUGACACCCCCUCUGGACUCCCUGGGCACCUGCCACAAGCAUCUAAAGAAAGAAAGAAGAAAAGUCACUUUGAGAAGGAGAGAAAACAUCAAAACUCAUGGUAAAACAGGAAAAAUCUGUGAACAGAUCUCUCACACACACACACGAAAUGCAGAGUAACCUCCAGCUCUUUCUCUCUGUAGUGGUCUCUCCCAGAUGUGAAAGCAUUCUAGUCAGGAGAAAACACCAUAAAUACAUAAUAAAUAAAUAAAAUAAAAAAUAAAUAAAAAGAAAACACCAGAUGAUUUCACAUUCAUUGAUGUGCUGCAGAAAACCCCAACAGAGCCGAAGGAUUCCGUCAGAAAGUACACAGGAGAGAAGAGCCUAGAGACAUCCACUGUACCACACACUGCACAAGGUGUCUUGGGUUUCUACCUAGGGGCAAAGCUAAUGGCUGUUACUGGAAAAACUGGUGAAAAUAAUUGUCUCCUUUGAUUCCAUUAAUAUCGCUCUAUAAAGGAGGUGUGUGAGCACACACAUAUGCAUGCAUGCAUGCGUGCAUGUGAAGACAGAAGUAGGCACCAGGCACCUGCCUCUGGCACUCCUCAACUUAUUUAUUGAGGCAAGGUCUCUUGCUGACCUGAGAGUACACCAGUUGGUAAAAAUAUCCCACCAGCGAACUCCAGGGAUCCAUCCACCCCACGUCCAGCUUUCAUGGGGUGUGUCUAAACUCAGGAUCGCGAGAGCACAGCAGACAUUUGACCAACUGUGCUGUCUCCUCAGCCUGUCAAAGUUCAUUUUUUCUAUUGAUGAACACCCCAUUGAUUAUGUGUGAUGUCAGUUCCAGAGGAAUUUGGCCAAGCGAGAGAGUAAAUUCUUUGUACUUGUCUACAACUCGUGGGUAAUUCUAAAAUCACAGCAAAAUGAACAGGGAGAGAGUAUGCAUGGGCUCUGUCAUUGCCACAAUUUAGUAAUAUGUGCUGCAUGUUUAUAUAAAGCAGAGUGGUUGAAUAAACCACGAUUUGUUCUCAAGUGGCUGGAUUGCCCAGGUCUCGCAGCUUGGCCUUGCAGGGAACAAGAUGAGGCAGACCAAGGCCACAGAGACCAAAGUGUCCCCUUGUUCCUUUCCUCUCAACUUUGGGCCACCUUUACAUCCCUGAUCAGAAGCAUCAAGGAAGUGAGAGAUGGCUCAGCAGUUAAGAGCACUGUCCUUGCAGAGGCCAUGGGUUUGGUUCCUAGCACCCACCUGGCAGCCCCAAAAUAUCUAUAACUCAAGUUCCUGGGGAUCAACACCGUCUUCCAAACACUGCAGUCACGGCACACAUGUGGAUCACAGACAUACAUGCAGAAAGCCAUUUACACACAUAAAAUAAGAGAGAAAUUUAGAAACGAAACGUGUAUGUACAAACACACCCGCACAUACAUCUGCGAGCAAAGCCCACGUGCAGAGCACUUUAUAGUCGGAGCCCUGCUCAGGUCUCAGGAAACAGCUUGCUGCUUGUAAACCUCACCCAACUGAAUGCUGUCUGUGUGACACUCAGCUCAGACAAAACCCCACCGAGUUUUAAAUAUGCAAAUCUCAACGUGUCCAUUUCUUCUGCCGUCGUCUCAGGGUCUUUUAAGACAGUGUUUGUUGAUGUUGCCCUGAGCGAGUUAAAAUAACCUGUAGUAGAGCAGCGAGAGUCAACGCUUACCUUGCUGGAGACAUGAAUCAGAUGACCCUGUCAUUUUUAAACUCUCGACUCUUAUAAAUUCAUUUUAAUAUAAUGAAACUUAGUGACUUUAAGAAAUGAACUUGUGAAGCAAUGAAAAGGAAGUUGUACCCAAACUACAGUCCUUGGAAGAGGACUAUAUGAGAGUUGUCAAAUAAUUUCAGAUUCUAAACUAUCUUGCUACCAAGAAAGGCCACAAAACUGUGUAUUAACCAUGUGCUUCUUGGUCAAAUUAAAAAUUUUGAGAACAAGUUUUCUGAAUAAAACCAACACAUUAAAAAAAAACAGAACUUAAAAAGUCA